AUGCUGGCCAUUCGAGCUCUCCGAACUCCCGCCUCCAGGCAAGCCCUGCGCGCUGCUACCCCCCGCGCCGCCAUCUUCUACAACCGAUGCUACUCGACCUCUGGCGAACGAGUUGCUAAAUAUAACGGUACCAAGGAUGCCAAUGGCAACUUCCUGGUUAGCUUGAUCGAGGGUGACGGUAUCGGCCCCGAGAUCUCUCAGUCCGUCAAGGACAUCUUCGCCGCCGCCAAGACCCCCAUUGCUUGGGAGCCUGUCGACGUCACCCCCAUUAUCAAGGACGGCAAGACUGCCAUCCCCGAUGCUGCCAUUGAGAACAUUCAGAAGAACAAGAUCGCCCUCAAGGGUCCCCUCGCUACCCCCGUUGGCAAGGGACAUGUCUCCCUGAACCUUACUCUCCGACGAACAUUCAACCUCUUCGCUAACUUGCGACCCUGCCGAUCCGUCGCUGGCUACGAGACCCCCUAUGACAACGUCGAUACCGUCCUGAUCCGAGAGAACACCGAGGGUGAAUACUCUGGCAUUGAGCAUGUUGUCGUCGAUGGUGUUGUUCAGAGCAUUAAGCUUAUCACCCGUGAGGCUUCCGAGCGUGUCCUGCGAUUCGCCUUCCAGCACGCCGAGUCCAUUGGCCGUAAGAAGGUCCGCGUCGUACACAAGGCUACCAUCAUGAAGCUCUCAGACGGUCUCUUCCUCAAGGUCGCCCAGGAGGUUGCCAAGGACUUCCCCGGUAUUGAGUUCGACGCUGAGCUCCUCGACAACAGCUGCCUCAAGAUGGUCACUGACCCCACUCCUUACAACGACAAGGUCCUUGUCAUGCCCAACCUCUACGGUGACAUUCUGUCCGAUAUGUGCGCCGGUCUCAUCGGUGGCCUUGGUCUUACCCCCUCCGGAAAUAUUGGUGAUGAGUGCUCCAUCUUCGAGGCUGUCCACGGCUCCGCUCCCGACAUUGCUGGCAAGAACCUUGCCAACCCUACUGCCCUCCUCCUCAGUUCCAUCAUGAUGCUGCGACACAUGGGUCUCACCGAGCACGCAUCCCGCAUUGAGACCGCUAUCUUCGAUACUCUUGCCGAAGGCAAGGCCCUCACUGGUGAUCUUGGCGGCAAGGCUAAGACCAACGAGUACGCCGCUGCCAUCAUCUCCAGGCUGUAA